AUGAAGAUCUUCGGACGCGGCGACUUCCCCGAUAAACGUCUUGGUAUUCAGUUCCGGACCGGCUGGGCAAAGCUACUCCCCCCCCGCCCCAACCACCACCAAAGCGCCGCCGCCGGUGACUCUUGGCUGAUAAACGUCACCCCUAGUCAUGCUGAGACUGACCGCGACACCGUGUCGGGUUGA